AUGCACACCAAAAGCUCCCUUCGUCUUUCUUUUGCCCUCCUGCUCCUAUUGGUUGUAGAGACACUUGCCGAUGACGACGAUACUGAUUUUCUCAUGAAUGUUUUCUACGACCUUGGCCCCGUCCUCGCAUUCUUUGGCGAGCAAUUUGCUCGCCAAUUCCUGAGUGAGACCUUUACCUGGUACGAUCAUGUUAUCUUCGCGUGCGUUCCGUUGGGUAACAUGAGAGCAAUUGCCGGUGCCAUUCGAGUACAAGGCGACAAGUUUCUCAAGGCCUUCAUCGGCCGUGCUCGCGAGAAUAAAGCAGCUGCGGAGAUUGAAUACAUGUCUUCCACUUCAGCCAAAGUUGGUGAACUGUUCAAUGGAAGAGGCAUAGUGCGAACAAUGGGCCAGCCCGAGAUUGCUCAGUUUAUCGUAUUCCCUGACGAACUCCUGAAGGAGAAGAAGGGGGCGCAGAAUCAAUCAUACCCUCAAGUCCGCAUCUCAAGAAGGCAUUCUAUACAAGCUGCUGUCGUCCCUUACUGUGCUCAGGGCUACGAGUCUCAGCCUUGGGGACUUCCCUGCUACAUUGGCGGCUCAGUACUUCUUUUCAUUGGCAAGCUGGCAUGCUCUGUUGCCAUUGAGCGAAGCACCAAGGAGUUCAAAUGGCGGCCGAGCUCAGGCAUCAAUAAUGAGACGCGAGAUUCUUCUGAAGUCCGACCUCAAUCCAUGGGUUUGUUUUGGGUACAACGGACGCAGCGCGUCAGUGACCAGGACUUCGAUUCCUAUGUGAUCUCUUCCCGAAAUAAGCAGUUUAUAUCAACUUCUAGUAGGCGAGAAGAUGUCCUCUCGGGAAAGAGCAACAAAGAAAACAAAGGACUCAAGUAA